GGAGGGCGAGAGUACGAAACCGCUCCUUUCGUGGAGUCUGGGAAAUUCUAUUCAGGCCGUAGACGUUGGAGCUGGCAUUUCCGCCCCGGGGGACAGGGCAGCGGCUCUUGUUCCUCUCGCGGAUGCUGGGAAAUGUAGUUCAGCAGCUUCGCGUAGUCCGAGGUAUUUCCGCUUCAGGAGGUUGUGAUUGCGGCCUUCGCUUCUCUCCAGGAGAAGCAGCAGAGAGAUAAGAUCUAAAAGAGGGGCUCCAGUGUGAGAACUGAAUCCAGGUUCCGCCCCUGCCUCUUGACCUCACCAAGCCUCAGCUUCCUCGUCUGUUACGUGGGAAGGACUCUUGACCUCACCAAGCCUCAGCUUCCUCGUCUGUUACGUGGGAAGGACUCUUGACCUCACCAAGCCUCAGCUUCCUCGUCUGUUACGUGGGAAGGACACUCGUCAUGGUCAUCAUUUAUUGAGAACUUUGUAAAAUGCCAGCUGAGGAGAGGCACCGAGGUGGAGGUGAUUGGACCAGAGUCACACAGCUGGUACACCCCUAGCUUCUUCACAGACUCAGCACUUCCCCAGAAGGAGAAGGACAAAAUGACCAAGUUCAAGGCAACAUCUGGAAACAUUUUUAGAGUCACAGCUUGGGGGAGCUACUGAUACCUAGUAUGUAGAAGCCGGAAAUGCUGCUAAACAUCUUACAGUGAACACAGCAGCACCCCCCCCGCCCCACCCCCAACAAAGAAUCAUCUGGCCUGAAAUGUAAGGAGUGCCAAGGAUGAGAGACCAUGCUGUACCCAAAGCUGUACAAGAACAACAGCAAAAUGAGGAGGUGACCUUCAAGGACGUGGCCGUGGUCUUCACCGAGGAGGAGCUGGGGCUGCUGGACUCUGCCCAGAGGGAGCUGUACCAGGAUGUGAUGCUGGAGAACUUUCAGAACCUGCUCUCAGUGGGGCAUCAGUCCUUCACACCAGAUGUGAUAUCCCAGCUAGAGAGAGAAGAAAAGCUUUGGAUGGUGACGACAGCAAGCCAGAGCCAUUGCUCCUCUGGAGACAAGAAUCUAAAUGGCAUGCAGACUCUUCAAGAAGCUGAAUUAAGGUAUCUGCCACAGGAAGAACUUUUCUGCUCACAAAUAUGGCAACAGGUUAUAAAGGAAUUAACGAGGUGUCAAGAUUCCAUGGGAAAUAUUCAAGGGGCUGGCUCUCAGUUGAAAAAACAAGGUGACACACUCAAUAAAGGUGAGAAGUUUGGUAAAGACUUCAAUCAGAGUUCACAUCUUCAAGUUCACCACAGAGACCACACUGGAGAAAAACCCUACGAAGGGGUGGAGCAUGAGAAAGGUUUCAUACGGGGCUCUCACCUUCAAAUGAGCCAGACAGCCCACAUAGGAGAGAAGCCCUAUAAAUGUGAAAAAUGUGAAAACUCCUUCCGUCGGCUUUCAAGUCUUCAAGCCCAUCAGAGAGUCCACAGUAGAGUGAAAUCGAACAAAUAUGAUAAGUCGUUUAAGGGUUUCAGUCAGAGGCCAUAUCUUUGUCAUCAGAGAGUCCCCACUGGCGGGAAUCCACACAGGUUUGAGGAAUGUGGGAGGAACAUCGGGAAAAGCCCACAUUGUCAAGCUCCUCCAGUAGCCCAUACGUUGGAGAAACCCUAUAAAUGUGAGGAGUGUGGGCUGGGCUUCAGUCAGCGCUCCUACCUUCAUGUCCAUCAGAGAGUCCACAUGGGAAAGAAACCUUAUAAAUGUGAAGAGUGCGGGAAGGGCUUCAGUUGGCGUUCACGCCUGCAGGCUCAUCAGCGAAUCCAUACUGGGGAGAAACCCUACAAAUGUGAUGCAUGUGGCAAGGGCUUUAGUUAUAGCUCACACCUGAACAUCCAUUGUAGAAUCCACACAGGUGAGAAACCCUAUAAAUGUGAGGAGUGUGGGAAAGGCUUCAGUGUGGGUUCCCACCUUCAAGCCCAUCAGAUUAGCCACACAGGAGAGAAACCAUACAAAUGUGAGGAGUGUGGGAAGGGCUUCUGUCGGGCCUCGAAUCUUCUGGACCAUCAGAGAGGCCAUAGUGGUGAGAAACCAUAUCAAUGUGAUGCAUGUGGAAAGGGCUUCAGUCGUAGCUCAGAUUUUAACAUUCAUUUUAGAGUCCAUACAGGAGAGAAACCUUACAAAUGUGAGGAGUGUGGGAAAGGUUUCAGUCAGGCCUCAAAUCUUCUGGCCCAUCAAAGAGGCCACACUGGAGAAAAGCCAUACAAAUGUGGUACAUGUGGGAAGGGCUUCAGCCGGAGUUCAGAUCUUAAUGUCCAUUGUCGAAUCCACACGGGAGAGAAACCUUAUAAGUGUGAGAAGUGUGGGAAGGCCUUCAGUCAGUUCUCAAGCCUUCAAGUGCAUCAAAGAGUCCACACUGGAGAGAAACCGUAUCAGUGUGCUGAAUGUGGGAAAGGCUUCAGUGUGGGCUCACAGCUUCAGGCCCAUCAGAGGUGCCACACUGGAGAGAAACCCUACCAGUGUGAGGAGUGUGGGAAGGGCUUCUGUCGGGCCUCAAAUUUUCUGGCUCACCGUGGAGUCCACACAGGAGAAAAACCGUACCGAUGCGAUGUGUGUGGUAAGCGUUUCAGGCAGAGAUCAUACCUUCAGGCCCACCAGAGGGUCCACACUGGAGAGAAGCCGUAUAAGUGUGAGGAAUGUGGUAAGGUCUUCAGUUGGAGUUCAUACCUUCAAGCCCAUCAGAGAGUCCACACUGGGGAAAAACCAUACAAAUGUGAGGAGUGUGGGAAAGGCUUCAGUUGGAGCUCAAGUCUUAUAAUUCAUCAGCGAGUCCAUGCUGGGGACGAGGGUGACAAGGACUUUCCCUCAUCAGAGAACGCAUACAGCAAAGAAGCUCUAUAAAAUUACAUGGUUUAAUACCUCAAGUGGGUGCUGAAAUAGUUCUGUCAUAGAAGAUGAAACAUUUGUAUCAUAAAAGGGUAUUUCUGCCAUACCUUGACAUGUCACAGUGGUUGGGUGACCACAUAGCAAAGAAGCCUCAUGAGAGUGGAGAUGUAAGAACUUUGACAUUUAGCAAAUAUGACACAGAAGAGAAGCUUAGGAAGGAUGAGUCUGAUCUGGAGGUCACCAAAAGUACUAAGGCAGAAAUGCCCAAAUCUCUUCCACUAGAAUAGAAGCUCUCAGAGGGCAGCUACUUUGUUGAUGGCCAAGUCCACUCUGCCUCUUCAGUGCCUGACACACUGCAGGUGUCCAGUAAUGUUAAAUGAGUAAAAGGGAGAACAAUCACUUCUGAAAUUUUCAUUCAGUUCCUCUCUAAAAAUUUCUAGUGUAGAAAGAGGAAUUCUCCGAGGCUGGGAGGAUUAAAUUAGACACUUGGGCUCAUUUUCCCAACCCUGCAGGUCUGUGAACUAGUGCUUAUCAAGCCGAAAGUAGUAACCCAUUAGUGGGUCCAGAAGUCAAUUCAUCGGGUUGUGGCCAGCAACAAAAUACAAAAGAAUUUUGUAUGCUAACAAUUCUUUAUGGAGGUGUAGUUUGCAUGCAGUCACAUGCAUAAAUCUCAAGUUUACAGCUUCAUGAAUUUUGACUAAUGUAUCUACUUGUAUAAUCAUCACCAAGAUCAAUAUAUACAAUAUUUCUAUUAAACCAGUGUUUCCUUGUGUACUGUUCUUGUCAUUCCCAUCUCCAGUGGCAACGAGUAUUAUGAUUUCUAUACUGUGUAUUAAUUAGGUCUGUCUUGAGCUUCCUAUGUGUUCAGUAUGUAUUCUAUGUCUGGAUUCUUUUCAUCAAACAUAUGAUCAUCUUAGAUUUACAGAAAGCAAUUGACAAAAUUCAGUAUCUGUGAUAAAAAUUCUUCAGUGAGAUAAAAGGCAUCGGUGAAGAUCCUAUAAGCUCACUUUAUUAUUAUUAUUAAGGAAUAAUUUAUAUACAGUAAAAUUGACUUUUUGGUGGAUCAUUCUGUGUUUUGGCAAAUGCUUACUGUCAUUACAUCACCACAAUCAAGACAUUUAACUGUUUCACCACCCCCUGCCCUGAAAUUCAUUUCUACUCUUUUGUAGUCAACCCCUCCCCCCAUGCCCUGUACCUCCUCCCACUUUUGGCAACCACUGAUUUGUUUUUUAUCUCUAUAGUUUACCUUUUCCAGAAUGUCCUGUAAAUGGAAUCAUAUGGUAUAUGACCUUUGGAGUCUGGCUUCUUUCACUUAAUGCCGCUGAGAUUUAUUAAUCUUGAUAUGUGUAUUGCUGAGUGGUAGUCUAUUAUGUGGAUGUACCAUAUUUUGUUUACCCUUUUGUAGCUUGAAGGAUGUCUGGGCUUCCAAUUUUUAGCAACUAUGAAGAAAGCAACUAUAAAUAUUUGCAUACAGGUUUGUGUGUCAACACAAGUUUUCUUUGUCUUAGUAAAUACAAGGGGGAUUGUUGGGUUGUAAGACUGUUUCACUUUAUGAAAAACAAACAAAUGUUUCUAAAAUGCAAAUGCCAUUUUGCAUUCCCACUGUCAAUGCAUAUCAGGGUUUUGUUUUUAGCAUUCAAUAGGUUUAUAGUGGUAUUUCAUUUUGGUCUUAAUUUACAUUUCCCAAAUGACUAAGUUGAGCAUCUUUAUAUGUGAAUGUUUGAUAACCAUAGACCUAUUUUCUUUGGUGAACUGUUCUCGAGUUUUGAGAGUUUUUAUAUGUUCUGGACACGUGUUCCUUGUCAGUUAUGUGUUUUGUGUUAUUUUAUCCCUGUGUGUAGUUUGUAUUUUUAUCCCAUAAACAGUGUUUUUCACAGAGCGUCUAAGUUUUUAAAAUUUUUUAUGAAGUUCAGUUUUUGUCUUCUGUGGAUUGUGCUUUUGGUUUUAGAUGUAAGAACUCUAAUUCAAGGUCACAAAGACCGUUCUUCUCUCUUUUCUUAAUCUAAAAAUUUUAUGGCUUCAGGUUUUACAUUUAGGUCUAUGAUCCAUGUGAAUUAAUCUUUAUAAAGUGUGAGGCAUAUAAACAUCCAGUUAACUUUCCUUUCAUCAUCGAAUUGCUGUUGCACCUUUGUGAAA